AUGCUUAGCUCACUACGAUGGUCAGGAUGGGGACCGGAAUACUGGGCCUUAGUCGGUGGAAUUGUGUCGUUCAUCGCCAUGGUAGUGCUCCUCGCCCGCUUCGACAACAAACCGAUUUUCACCUGGCAAGGGAUCACUUUGAACACGAUCGUCUCCAUCCUCUCUGUGGCGAUGAAGGCAGCUGUCGCGUUUGUAAUCUCCGAGUGCUUGGCUCAGUGGAAGUGGAUUCUCUUCAUCCGCGAAGACCGACCUCUCAUCGACUUCGACCGGAUAGACAGUGCCACACGUGGUCCUCUUGGCAGCUUGCGCAUUCUGCUCAGGACAAAGGGCGCCUUUGUCGUUCAGCUCGGCGCAAUACUCACGCUCCUCGCUGUUGGCCUCGAUCCCCUAGCCCAGCAGAUCAUUCAGGCCCGAGAAGGAGUGAUCUACACGCAAACCAACCGACUAGACGAUGGUCCGCUCGCUCUCAACUCUGGCACAAGUACGUACUCCAUGGGUACCGUCGCUCGUAACCAGCGACAAAUUCUCAAUUCGUCCAAAUCGGAAUGGUCUGUAACAACGGACAUACCAUUGUCUAUGCAAGGUGCUAUUCUGAGUGGGAUCUCCAAGUCGCUAUGGGAAGUCGAGCAGGAAGCGUUGGUCCAAUGCCCUACCAGCAAUUGCACUUGGAACCAGUUCAGCACCGUUGGCAUUUGCCAUAGGUGCAACGACGUCACUUCAGACCUCCGGCGUGUCGAAGACUUCGGACAGGUCAUUGUCGCCAUGGCAAACACCACGUAUGCGGACUCAACAGUCCCGAGUACUGCCUUCGCUCUCCCCAAUGGUCAUUUCAUUGCAAAUAUCAACGGCUGCCCGCCGUACAACGGAAGGUUUGCCGAGUGCGAGAACCGCCAGCCCUUGGGGGUAUAUUCUGACGAAAGAUACACCACCACUUCGUUCGGCACUGCGAUUCCAAGCAAAACAAAUUCUAUGAAAGACAUCAACACUCUGAUUUGGUCAAUGAGCAUCAUCAACCCGGACAUGGAGGCACUCAAUAAAUCAUCUGGAUUCACGCCUGGAGAGUCCGAAACGAACUCAAAGGCCGGACUCAAGUUUUGGCCUGAUGUGCCCUUGCAGGCUACAGAGUGCGCACUUUACUAUUGUGUAAAGAACAUCGACUCAAAGGUUGAGGGCAACCAGCUCAUCGAAAGCAUUACGGAAGCCACAGAUGCGAUAAGGGAUCCCGACUCAUGGGAGCGGGGCCCGGAGUUGGAAGACGGUCUACCGGAGACCGUUAUCACGGAGGAGGCGAACGGUACCCUAGAGUUCGACAAGUACUGGUCUGCCGUGAGCUAUUCAGAGCUCAGGCUUGAGUUCCCUAACAACAAGACGCAAAGCUAUUUCAGAAUUUCGCCGGCGUCCGUCAUGUCUAUCGGCGCGCAUAUGCAACAGCUGUUCCGAGCCAACCUGACCGGCAGCUUGACGCAGAGGGAAGAAAUUGAGAAGAAAUUGGGCAAGGGCGCCGCUGGUAUCAAUGGUGCAUCUUUUGGCCCCUACAAUGAGUUGUCUAUGGAAGCCACACCACCAGCACUGAAUGGUCUCUGGGCCUGGACAAGGCACAACAUCUCCAGCACUUUCCACACCCUCGCAACGAGCAUGACCAACGAGAUGAGGAGGAACUUCGCACCAGGUCAAAACCAAGAGAACGGCCAAGACAAAGACCGUUUCCAAGAUGGAACGCUGAGUUACUUCGGCAAGGUGGGCAAGCCCACCGUACUGUACCGCAUCCAGUGGCCGUGGAUCGCGCUGCAUGGUUUGAUGAUCGUGGCAACUAUUGGGUUUCUGUUCAUAACUCUCAGCAGUUCUUCACGAGAAGGCGAUGUGCCACUAUGGAAGAGCAGCUCCUUGGGUGCAAUUCGUCAUGGACACGACGUGGGCGGAGUCCUCAGUCGCAGCACGACACUCGGCGACAUGGAGAGUACUGCGAGAAAGGUUCGUGUAAAUUUGCGUGGGGGCGAUUGCGAUGAGACCAAGUCGUGCAUCGACGGUUCAAGUCCGGGGAGUCAAACAGUAGCAUGA